AAUUCGCAAUUCUGAACAUGUAUUAUAUUUCAAAUUGUCGAUUCGAUAACAACAUUUGUAGCAUGACAAAAAUAAAGAAGAGUUAUCCUAUUUAAUUUCUGCACACAAUUCGCAUCGAUAGAUAUACUACGAUACUUUAUCGAUUACAGGCAUGAUAGAAAAAUUUUCUUAGCGAAUAAUGUUGAAACUGUGUAAGAAAAUAUGCGUGGCGCAAUGAAAUUUUUGAAAUUGUGACAAAACGGCUGUAAUUUUGAUUUUAUUUAUGAUUAUUGAUUUAUUUAUAUCAUCAAGAAUGGAUCCUUGAAGAAAAUGUGUAAAUUAUUAAUUCAAUAAAAAUGUAAUUUGAUAAAAUAAAUUCUGAAUAUUAUUAAAUAUAAUUGAUGCAAUUUUAUAUGCCAUUUAUGGCAUCGAAUGAACUAUGUCACUUCAUAUUCUAUUAGUUAAAUAAAUCGAAUUGUGAGAGGAUGGGGGAGGGAGGAGGUUUAAUGUCUCUCCACGUUAUAGCAUUUUACGUCAUUCAUCAUCAACGAAUCGUGUUAUGCGGAGACUGUCAACUUAUUCGGCUAUUUGGAUUCUGAUGUUCCUCUUUGAUCUAACCGUGACAGAAAAUAAAUUAUAUCCAAAACAGAACCUAUGCUUUUCGAAUCUUCAAAAGGAAAGAGUAGCACGUGAUUUGUCCAAAAAAUUUUGGAAAAGAAGAUUACUUCAUAAAAAUGAAAUGGUCGAAACUAUUGGAUCUUUGAACGAGACCUCGCGACUUUUAAACGAUCAACUAGAUCAUCAAAUAACUAAAGAUAUAAAUUUUAAUAGAGAUCUUGAAAAUGUCAUGGAGAAUAUAAAGGGGCGGACUCUGAUAGAUUAUAAUGGACCGUCGAUAAUCGGCGAGGAUCUUGAUAAUAAGAGUGAUCAGGAUCUCGCGGAUCACGUUCGCGUUAAGAGAAACGAGUCGAUCAACGAUUCGAUCAUCCGUCAUCAGUCGAACCAUUCCGUGAACAUAUUUGAUUCUUCCCCAAAAAAUUUUUGGAGCAAUACGACAAAUGUUUACGACAGCUCCAUGUUCGAGUUUGAAGGCUCGUAUGUGAAUUCAGAUCAUAAGAAUCGAUCUAAUGCUCUCCAUGCAACUACCGUAGACAUACCGCAUUUAAGAUACAAAAGAGGAGUCUUGUCUAAAAAAGAUAGGCAUGGGACCCGCUUGAAAAGAAGUAUUAGACAUUUGGAGCAUCACGUUGGGACUGAAAAUAGGAAAAAGAAACAUGAUACGAAGUCUUCUCACAAAAACGUCAAGAAAAAAGUGAACAAUUCGAAAAAGUCAAGUAAAAAAAGAAAAACCCUGUCUGCCAAAGCAAUGAGUAAAUCCCGGAUAGAGAAAAGAGAAUCUGGGAAUGACAGUUUAAACCCCGAUCUUGCUGGAACUAAUAUCACCGAUUACGAUAAACGAGAAGAGGCUGCCGUUGUAUUACCUUUUGUGCACACCGGAAAAGCGGAAUUGCGUAUUCGUAUCGAAAAAAUUCCCAGGAAUGAGUCCCUUAUCAGCAACUGGACGGAUCAGACUAUCGAGACCACUUCUAUAGAGACCACUUCUAUAGAGACCACUUCUAUAGAGACUACUUGUACUUGUACUCCAACUACGGUAUUAAAAUAUGACGACGAAAUUGUCGACGCCAAUGCCACGAAUCUUCAACUCGUCCCAAAUUCCACUGGGAAAGAAAAAUGUGAUAACUUAACACUGGAAAUUGUAGUUAAAAAGCUAGAGUACGGAAAUAACGUUUCCAGUUGGGGAAUGAAGGAUUCCGGAAACGCAUCGUUCUAUAAUGCGGUAUCUCAUGCGAUCGGAUUCGAUUCAUCAAGAAUCAAGGACGGUCAAGAAUUGGAAAGUGGCAAAUACAAUCGCGCCACAAUAUCAUCGGAUGAGGAUGCAAAAUCGCGCGCGAAGAGAAAUCAGGAAAUUACGUCUAGCCGUUAUCUACGAAAUGAUAGGAGCACGAUGAUAGGACCGAAACGUUUCAAGAAUGAACGAGGAAUAUCGAUCAAAAAUAUAAAGCAUAAAAGGACAAACCACAAGUCUCGUGGUAAUCGCGCCGUACAGUCGAUCGAAGAAAUUAAGGAGCUCGCUGAAAAAUUAGUUAUCAAGGUAAAUGAAUUGCAAAUGUACGUAAGUAAACGUAACGAAACCCGAUACGCGACGAAUAUCUGCAUUGAUAAAGACGCAAAUCUUUUGGCCACCGAAAAAACAUCAAGAAUUUCUUCGGAGAAAAAACACGUUGCGAGAGUCUCCAAGUCUAAGAUCGCCGAUAAUCAUAAACACUUCGCGAGGAACAGCGGACGGGUGAACUUAGCAGGAAAAAAAACAUCAUCCCGAAUGCUUUCUAGCGGUUCGAGAUUAGCGCGAGGAAAGAAUCAAAUUCAGAAUACAUCGCGCCGCAAAUGGGGCAGGUGGAUGGAUUGGAGUAGUUGUAGUGUCACAUGCGGUAAGGGCCGACAGAUCAGAUGGAGGCAUUGUUUGCACGAUUGCGACGACGCGGAAAUCGAGAUGGAGGAAAAAGCGUGCCAAUUGCCGGCUUGUCCCCCGGGUAAGUUCCUGGGAAUAUUUUAAACAGUUCCUCUUCUCGCUAAAUAAAAUAAUAAUCAGUACUAACAUUCUGUAUAUUAUAUGAGCGACGUUAUAAUUAUCGUAUAGCAAUAAUAUCAAUACCUUGUAUCAUUUGAUUGCCUGAAAUAUAAUCGGCUUCUCAAUAUAACUGCGCGCUUUGUAGAUAAGAAAUUCGAAUUUAUUUCUCGAAUAUUAAA